UCAUGUUCCGAAAUAGCCUGAAGAUGCUGUUGGGAAGCAAAGGCCGGAAGAACAAGAACAGUGGUGGCAUUGAGUCAGAUGGGUCAGAUGUGAGGUAUAUGGAGGGAUUCACUCGUUCACUCCCCUCCUCUCCCCUUCUCAACCUUCGUCUGGCCAAAAGGACAACAGGUGAGGAGGAGGAGCUAGGACCGCCCCCCACAGUAGACGAGGCGGCUGACGCUCUGAUGACCAGGCUGGGCUUCCUGCUGGGGGAAAAGAGCGUCAGUGGAGAGCCGGGGUCCCCUUACCACGCUCAGGAUGAUGGACAGAGGAUCUCUCCUUCCUCCAGUCUGGCCAGUAGCAGCACAUCUCCCUGCUCCACACUGCAGCCUCCUGCUGGCGGGGAGGAAAACAGCAACAACAAGCACGCCUCCUCCAACCACCCCUCUGUCACCUCUCCCACCUCUACCCUGGAGAGCAGAGACAGCGGCAUUAUAGCCACGUUGACCAGCUAUUCUGCUGAGUCAGCGGCCGAGCGGGACGACGGCGCCAAGCACCCCGGCGAUGGUUACCAUGGCAGCAGCCCCAACCUUUGGCGGCAAGGGGGCCGGUCGGUGGUGGCCUCCACAUCUUCUUCCUGUAUGGAAGCGGCAGGACGCGUGAAUGACAGCUUCCUAUACAGGGUGGAGGACAGCAUGGCCGCAUCCACUUACAGCCUCAACAAGCUCCACCCAGACCGAGGACCAGGCUCCGCCCGCUCGUCUGGCUCCACCCACUCCAUCCCUCUCUACCUCAUGCCUCGACCCAAUUCAGUUGCUGCCACUAGUUCUGCCCAUCUUGAAGAUCUGGUCUACCUGGAUGAUCAGCAAAGACACAUCCCCUCCAGGACGUCCCUCAGAAUGCCCAGACAGAAUUCUGGGAGUCGUAGUCAGCAGGACCAUAAAGUUCGUUUCACCCCAUCUCUCAACCUGAAGCCCCUCCACUUUGAGGUUCCCGGGCUCUCGUCUGAUUGGCUGUUCACGGGCAGAGAGUGGCUCUUCCAAGAAGUAGACGCCUGUCUCCGUAGUGAUGACCCAUCAACCAUUCGGGGUGUGGUGAUCGUCGGCAACAUGGGCUUCGGCAAAACAGCCAUCAUCGCCCGUCUGGUGGCGCUCAGUUGUCAUGGAAACCGCAUGUGUCCAACUACUGCUGGCAACCAGACAUUGCCCAAACAUGUAGAAUCUGUUUCUUUCUCCCACGAUUCCCUGGGGAGAGGAGGAGGAGGAGAUGAAGGAGGAGGAGGAGGAAGCUGUCCAGGGACUCCAGAGAUGAAGAGGAGACAGGAGGAGGUGCUAAGGAGGCUUGCAGGACAGGUCGUCUCAUAUCAUUUCUGUCAGGCUGAUAACUGUCACACUUGUCUGGUUCCGGAGUUCGUCCACAACAUGGCGGCGAUGCUAAGCAACGCCCCUCAGCUGUUAGCCUAUCGGGAGCUUCUUCACCGGUCGCCACAGCUACAGAGCACACUUAGUCUGCGCUCCUGCAUCCAGGAUCCAGGCUCUGCCCUCCAGAGAGGAAUACUAGAACCACUGGACGCUCUCUACAGAGAGAGGAAGUUGCAUGUGGAGGGGGUGGGGCUUAUUGUCCUGAUUGACGGCCUAAACGAGGCAGAGUUCCACCGGCCGGAUUACGGUGACACACUGACUUCCUUCCUGUCCCGAAACAUCCAGAAAUUUCCUUCCUGGUUGAAGGUCAUUACCACUGUCAGGACCGGUCAGCAGGACAUCACUCGUUCUCUUCCUUUUCACCACAUCUCUCUAGACAGGAUGGAAGAGAACAACGCCAUAGACCAGGACCUGCAGGGUUACCUGAUGCAGCGUAUCCAUAGCAGCGCUGAGAUCCAGAGCAACGUGUCGCUGAGCAAUGGUCGGCUUGACAACGCAGCAUUGGCCAAGCUGAUCAGCCACCUGAAGAGCCUGAGCAGAGGCUCGUACCUCUACCUGAAGCUGACCCUGGACUUGAUAGAGGGAGGAUUCCUGGUCAUAAAGAGCUCUAGCUUCAAGGUGGUUCCUGUGAGUCUAGCUGAGGUCUACCUGCUGCAGCUCAACAUGCGGUUUCCCACCCAGUCAUCUUUUCAAAGAGUUCUACCACUGCUCAACGUGACUGUGGCAUCUCUGCACCCACUGACCGACCAGCAGCUGUUUGAGGUGGUGAACGCUGGCGCUGUGAGCGGAGGAGCGCUGCCGUGGGCGGAGUUCGGGCAGAGGCUGGAGCAGCUCUCCCCAUUCCUGCUGCGGCGGAGCGAUGGCAGCAGGAUGCUAAACCAUGCCUCCUUCAGGGAGUGGCUGGUGUGGAGGGAGGAGGGGCAGGAUGACAGGUUCCUCUGCGACCCCAGGAGCGGUCACACUCUGCUGGCCUUCUGGCUCUGCAGACAGGAGGGAAAGCUGAACCGACAGCAGACGCUGGAGCUGGGACAUCACAUCCUGAAGGCUCACAUCUACAAGGGCCUGAGUAAGAAGCUUGGGGUUUCCUCCUCAGUCCUGCAGGGGCUGUGGUUGUCCUACAGCACACAGAGCGUGAGUCCUGCUCUGUCAUCGCUGCGCAACCUCUACACUCCCAACAUCAAGGUGAGCAGGUUGCUGAUUCUGGGCGGGGCCGACGUGGAUUAUCGGAGCGAUGUCCUCAACAACGCCCCCCUGCUGUGCGUCCACGCUCACUUGGGUCACAGUGACGCUGUGGCGCUGCUGCUCGACCACGGAGCUCAGGUCGACGCUCAGUCACAUGACGGUUUGACUGCGCUGGGAUUCGCGGCUGCGGCCGGACACAUGGACGUCAUUGUCAUGCUGAGUCAGCACAGAGCCAAGGUGGGUCAUGUAGACAGCUCAGGUCGGUGUGUGUUGGUGCACGCCGCUCAGCGAGGCCACCUCAAGGCGCUGUGCUACCUGCUGAAGACUCAGGACUGGAGCUGCACUUCCUGCUGCGGCCAGAAGGGGGUGAGCAGGAGCCAAGCAGUGCAUCAGUCUCUGAUCGCGGCUGCCAGCGCAGGACACGCAGAGAUUGUGUCGUACCUCCUGGAUCUUCCAGAGGAAGACACAGAUGAAGAAGAGAGACCUGAAAUCAACAUACCUGACAGCCUGUGGGGAGAGACAGCUCUGACAGCAGCAGCAGGCAGGGGCAGGCUGUCAGUCUGCAGGCUCCUGUUGGAUCAGGGGGGCGCUGUUGGGCAAGGCAACAGGCGAGGUGUCGCACCGCUCUUCAGUGCAGUGAGACGGGGCCACUGGCAGGUGGCGGAGUUGUUGUUGAAUCACGGCGCUGAGGUGAACACGGUCGACCAGCAGGGUCGAACAGCGCUGAUGACGGCAGCCUCAGAGGGUCAUAUGACCACCGCCCAGCUGCUGCUUGAUCAUGGAGCCUCACUUGACCAGAUCGACAGAGAAGGGUUAACGGCACUGAGCUGGGCGUGUCUGAAAGGCCAGCUCCCAUUGGUCACAGAGCUGGUGGAGAGGGGUGCGGCCACGACACACGCUGACCGCAGUGGACGGACACCUCUGGAUCUGGCUGCCUUCUGUGGUGACCCAGAAGUGGUGCAGCACCUGGUGGAUCACGGUGCAUCUGUGGAGCAUGUGGACUCUAGCGGGAUGCGUCCUCUGGACCGAGCGGUCGGCUGCAGAAACACUUCAGCAGUUAUUGCUCUGCUCAAAAAGGGAGCCAAGAUAGGACCAGCCACCUGGGCCAUGGCGACCUCUAAACCAGACAUCUUAAUGGUUCUUCUCAGUAAACUAAUCCAAGAAGGAGACAGACUGUACAAGCAAGGUAAAGUGAGGGAAGCUGCUCACUCCUACCAGUCGGCUCUCCAGAAGUUUCCAGGAGACGAGCUGAAGACAUUUAGACAGCUGAAAGUGUGUGUGCUCCUGAACCUGUCACGCUGCCGCCGCAAGAUGAAUGAUUUUGCCCUUGCUGAGGAGUUUGCUACCAGGGCACUGGAGCUAAAAGCCAAAUCUUAUGAGGCCUUUUACGCCAGAGCUCGCGCCAAACGCAGCCGCAGACAGUUCCAUGCAGCCCUUGAGGACCUGAUUGAGGCCAGUCGCCUCUGCCCAUCCAACCGGGAGAUCCAGCGCCUGCUGUCCCGGGUUAAAGAAGAGUGUCGGCAGGCUGCACAACAACAAGACCCCCAGCCACAUUCAUCACAUCAUGUUUAUCAGCAAAAUGUGACCAAGUCCAUCAGCGAGGCCAGGAGCAGAGAUUCAGGUUGUCAGCAGGUGCAGGACAGAGAGGGGCUUACCGAGGAAGAGGAGGAGGAGGAAGGCGAGGAGGGGAAGGAGGAGGGAGGUCACAGGGACGGAGAUGCUCACCCACCCUUGUCCUCCUUCCACCCUCCACCAGCAGUUCAAAGCCUUGACAGUUACUGCCACCCAGGGGUGCAAUCACCUCCCUCCCUUUCCCCCACUCACCUGUAUCGUCACGUCCCCAGUCCCACCCACUCCCCUUCCUCCUCUUCUCCCUUUCACGCUGCGCCUCCUCCUCCUUCAUCCUAUCGUUUCAGCCCUCCUACCUCCCCAGGGCAGCAUCAGCAGCGAGGCAGCCCAAUGUCAGAAAGUAUGCCUGCAUUGUCAGGAACUGGGGGUCUACACCACCAUCCACAAUCUGUCUCAGCUCUCCACCACUCAGACCAGAACCAGGGAGCUCAGCAGCACCACCAUCAGGCCAGUCAGAGAUAUUUCCAAAAGGAGAACCCUGUCCACAGCCAGUGGCAUCAACCAACCAAAGCCCAAGUUGUCAGAACCAGUCAGCCCAGUUCCUCAGCCCAUUCCAACAUGGCUUUGGGAAGCUCUGCCUACUCCCAGUUUGGUCAGCUGCCCCAAGAACUUGCUGAGUUGGGGGAAGGCAUGUGCCUGAGCCCCUUAGAUAUCAGGCCUAACCUGCAGGUCCAGGCGGGUCUGAGUUCUGGAGCUUCAUAUCCACUAGAAGAUGUGGAUGUUGACCUCGUUUGCCAGGCAAGACCUGCAUCUGGCUAUGGGAGAGGGGCAGGAGGGGAGAGGGUGGGGAUUAAUAGAUUUGGCCAGGCCCAUCAGUUUAGCCGCAACCAAUCCAAAGCAGCGUACUACCCCAUGGAAGUUACUGAGGCAACACUGGGGCCUCCUGAGACCCUCCCACCAUCACAUGAUUAUCAAUACCAGCACCAUGGCGGACUACGACGCCCGCUGAGUGCCCACCCAGCCUCUUCGCCUGCUCCUCCCCCCAGGCCUCUCAUCCACCCCCAGAAUGUCAGUGUUCGUUUUUCCACAAGCAGUGGAAGCCUCACUGGGGGCCAGCCAACUAAUCUAGGCCCAGGCUUCAGGACCUCUGCCUCUGCCCAGCACAUGGAUGUACCUUCUGAUCUGGCCUCUGUGGGAGGGGUUACUGGUUUCCAUGACGAUCUCUUUCUGAUCUCCUCUCCCCAAACGGAAAUAUGCAUGGUAGGAGGUGGGACUUACCCUGGGGAAGCAGGCCGUUCGUCUAGGAACACUCCUUUUAUGGGUGUUAUCGACAAGAAGGUGAGGGUCCACCCGCAGUACCCGCAACAAGGUCCUGCUAGUUCUGCAUCCUGCCUCAGCCCCUCUCGCUCCUGGGCUGUAUCAUCAGUGGACACGGUCGUCACCUCGCCUAGCAAAACUCCCGCCAAUCAAGGAGACUUCAAUCAAACACAGCCCUUCUCCAUCGCCUACCACAACCGCAGCAACAACAACGCCCACAACGGUCACCUCCUACAUGACAACCAGCUCGACUACUAUGGGAUGCUGCCGGGCAACAGUCCUCAGGGUGAAGGCUCGGUGCAGGUUGCCGGUCAGAAUCCCUCCUACCUUGACGUGAAGCUGGCUCGAACGCUGCCGGUGAUCCAUAACUGCUCAGACAGACCGACUGACAGACAGAAAGGCCCAACCUCUCCUGUCAAACCAAAAAGACCCUUUGUAGAGUCCAAUGUAUAAAGAAAAGUUUAAAUGUAAAGUCAGACACAAGAGUGUUUAAGAAGUCAACGCACUUGUAUAUUCCAAGAUCCACCAGGCCUAUGGAAUUAUUAGGCCAGACUAUGCUUGAAACUAACUAGUUUGUACAGCGUGUAGUUUGUAAAACAAUGACGUACAGAGGAACAAGACGCAAUAAUCGUUCAA